AUGAGUCUUAAAUUCAUGUUUUCUGACAUCUUGAUUUUGAUCAUGUCUUUCCCUUUACAGAACACUAAGACAUGUGGCUUUGUCGUGUAUCAAAACAACAAGCUUUUCCAAUCAAAAAUUUUUACAGCUACAUUGAAUUUUAGUCAAAAAAUUAUCUCAAGCAAAACAGAUGAAAGUGAGCAAGAUCGGAAUGCCUCUGUUAAAAUGGUAUUUAAUCCAACGUACCGCCAAAGAGAAUUCCAACUUUAUUCCUAUGCCUGUGUCUACUGGAAUUUUGCAACAAAGGAUUGGGACACAUAUGGCUGUUACAAAAACAGGGGCAUUGAAAGAUUCCUGGGCUGCCACUGCAACCAUACAACAAAUUUUGCUGUAUUGAUGACUUUUAAAAAGGAUUAUCAGUAUCCCAAAUCACUGGACAUAUUAUCUAACUUUGGAUGUGCUCUGUCCAUUGCUGGUCUGGCUCUGACAAUCAUAUUUCAAAUUGUCACCAGGAAAGUCAGAAAAACCUCAGUAACCUGGGUGUUGGUCAGUCUGUGUACAUCAAUGUUGAUUUUCAACCUUCUCUUUGUGUUUGGAAUUGAAAACUCCAAUAAGACUUUAAAGACAAGUGAAAGUGACACUGAUAUUAACUUUGAUAAUAAUGAAAUACCUGUAAGAGAUAUUAUUGACAUCCAAAAUCCUGGGUGCACUUUGAUUGCUGCAUUGCUGCACUAUUUUCUGUUAGUGACAUUUACAUGGAAUGGACUCAGUGCUGCACAACUCUAUUUCUUCCUUAUUAGAACCAUGAAGCCUCUUCCUCAACAUUUCAUAAUUUUUAUCUCGUUAAUUGGAUGGGGUAUCCCAGCUAUAAUAGUAGGUGUAACUAUGGGAAUUAUUUAUGCUCAGAGUGGGAACAAGUCAUACUGGGAGUUAGACUAUCGGCAGGAAGAAAUCUGUUGGCUGGCAAUUCCAGAUGGCAAUGGUUUUAUAGCAAGUCCAUUUUUGUGGUCAUUUAUCAUUCCUAUAACUGUUAUCCUCAUCACCAAUAUUGUUAUAUUUAUCAUAAUUAUGGUCAAAGUGCUGUGGAAAAAUAGUCAGAAUCUGACAAGCACAAAAAAGGUUUCAUCCCUAAAGAAGAUUUUAAGCACAUUAUCAGUUGCAGUUGUCUUUGGAGUUACUUGGAUUUUGGCCUACUUUAUGCUAAUUAAAAAUGAUGACAUCAGGAUUGUUUUCAGCUACAUAUUCUGUCUUUUCAACAGUACCCAGGGACUGCAAAUUUUCAUUCUUUAUACUGUUAGAACAAAAAUAUUCCAGAGUGAAGCUUCCAAAGUGUUGAAGUCCCUGUCAUCAUCUGUUGGUAGAGUGAAGCCAUUGCCUUCAAUAACCUCUCUGAGGCUGCGUGUAAGGAUGUAUAAUAUGCUCAGGUCCUUUCCAGCCAUACAUGAACAUUUUAGGCUGCUGGAGCCAUUUGUAAUGACAGAGGAAACAAUAGUCACUGACAGUGACCUAGCAAAAUAAAGUGUCUAG